AUGGAGCUGUGGAGCUUGCUCAACAUGGCGCAGGCGUCGGGCGCUGCCGCUACCGCGGCGGCUUCCGCGAGCGCCGGGGCGACGACCACCGGAGCCUCUUCCCCGGCGGGGGGCGAGGACUCCUCGAUGGCCGUCGACGACGACAACGACGCGGGGGGCGACGACGCAGGCCAGCAGCAGCAGCAGCAGCCGCCGCCGCCACCGCCUCCCCUACCGCAGGGCUCUUCCCUGGACCACAGCGGGAUGAUGCCUUCAGGCGGCGGGGGCGGGGUUUUCAACAACCCCCCUCCCCCGCCCUUUCCGGGCAGGAGCGGCUCGGACCUCGGCCAACCGCCGCCGCCCCCGCCGCCCCCGCCCGGGGACGACUCCGGGCCGCCGCAGCGGUACGACCCGUUCGCCGCCGCUGCUCCGGGUACCGGGGGCGGCAUGCAGGGCCAGCAGCAACGCCAGCAGAUGAUGAUGGGGCCGCGGGGUCACGGGAUGAUGCACAACCACCAUGGCGGCGACCAAGGCUUGCCGCCCGGCGGCGGCGGGGGGGCAAUGAGGGCCGGCGGCGGUGGGAGGGGCAUGGGAGGAGGCGGCGGCGGGAUGGGGCCCCGCGGAAUGCCGCCCGGCGGGAUGAGGCCCGGGAUGGGCAUGGGCGGGGAAGGAGGAGGGAUGGGGGGAGGCCUGCCUCCUCCUCCUCAAGCGGGAGGCAUGUUCUUUACGGGCGGGCCCAACGGCCCUCGAGCGAGACCGAGAGGCCCUCCUCCGGGGGGCAUGGGUCCUGGUAACGGUCCUGGUAACGGUCCCGGGAACGGCUGGGGAUCGCCCCCGCCCCCGCAGCCUAACGGUCAACCCAGGAACAACGACGCGCCGCCACCGCCGUGGGGAAGCCCGGGUGGAAGGGGGGGCGGAGGAGGGGGCAGGGGAGCGGGGGCGGCGUCCCCGGGCGGUAGGCCGGGGGGGGACUCGCAGCAGGCGGCGGCGGCGGGAAGAGGGGGGGGCGGGGCGGGGGGCGAGAAUGCCGACAAGAACGGGAACGCGCGUUCUCCGGCCCCUUCCGGCCGACCGUCUCGGUGGGGCCCGCCAGGGGGUGCUAGCGGCGGCGGCGGCGGCGGCGGCGGGCGCGGCGGGGCGCCCGGAGAGCGAAGAGGCGUUGGGCCGCCGCCACCGCCGCCGCCGCCGCCGCCGCCGGCUGGGCGAGCGGGGGUGGAAAGCGGUGGCGGGCCGGUUCCGCCACCGCCGCCGCCGCCGCCGCCGGGCGGGGAGGGGGAGAAGGAGGACACGCCGCCGCCUGCGGCGGCCCCCACGCUUGCCGAGGGCGGCAGUGUUCUUCUCAAGUCGAAGAUAACGGACGCGAAUUGGUCGGACGGCUCGCUCGACCCCGAGGACAACGAGGACGACGACGCCGACUUUGAUGACGACUUCGGGGGCGGCAAGGACGACGCCGCCGCCGCCGCCGCCGCCGCCGCUGGGAACUCCCCAAAGCGCCAGAAACUAGCUUGAAGUGGGCAUAUGGUCUGCUGCGGGGAACGCUCUCGGAAACGCCAGAAACUAGCUUGAAAGGGGGCUAAGCCUGCUGCUUGCUCUCGAGCUCCAAUGGGCUGGAUGCGGGCAGUUUGGACCGAGCUGCAGCGGCGGCGCAUCGCGGCACCGACGGUCUUGUAGUUGAGAGAAGGAAAGCAGCGGCCUUUUGGGAGGGGGGGGGGAGGGGGGGGGGGGGGACGCAGGCGGGAUGUUGAGGAACUCCUUCGUUGCGAGCGUGGCAGCCCUGAGCUGCUGCGGUGGCAUCGUAUUUUGCGCCAUGAUGACCGAGAUUCAUGUGGUGAUGUUGGUGCGGAGUAUCGACGGGCCGCUGGGCAGCAGGGGAUAGCCCCCCCUUUUUUCCGAGUGAGAUGGCGACGACGAUCGUAACGUUGACAACGCCGGGUGACUGCUGGUUGUCCGGCGAUUGCGUCGUGGGUUUCUGUUGACGAUCGUGCUCUUGAUCGUAUGGCGACCGACAAAACAAAGUGUCCAACAUGUUGUUUUGGUUUGUCUCUACAAGUAGUUUUUUCCCCACCACCGGUGCUGAACCCCUACCUACCGCAAGCAGUUGGUGAGGCCAAAAGAGGUGUUGACUUUGUGUAGUCGACUCCUGGGAAAGAUACAGGCGAUUGGGCUGACAUGAUGUCACGUUCUGGGGUGGGCGGAAAUCCUAUGUAUGACGACACAUGCGAGCUGUGUGGUUGGAAGGCGUAACAGUCCAACAGUCCAAUUGUUUUUGUGUUCUUUCGGUCAGAAAAACGCCGGAGUUAGUUAGAUCAGUCGUGCUUACUGCGUGUUCGAAGGUUGCCCACGGGUGUAAGGGGAUAAAAAUAAACAGUCAUACCGAGUUCUGCCUGGUGUUUUAACAAAGAUGGCCCGCCCGGUGGCUGUGGUGUGUUGUACUUGUAGGUAGUAGUAGGUAAUUUACAUGGCUACACGCUUUGCUGAAGUAGUUGGGCGCGGCGGCUUUCCACCGGGUUUGCUAAAAACCUGCUCGCUCCAGGAUGUUGCUGAGCAAGCUGAGUCUCGUCUUUUGUGUGCACGGGCACGCUCGUCUUUAUGUUCCAUCCGAAAAUUCGCUCUUAUCGUGAGAGACAAUGAGCGAGAUAAAUGAUUUUUGGAGCGGGUCGGUCAUGGGAAGAUUCUUGCUGGAACGAGGGGCGUGCACUCAUUCUUGUUUGUUUCCACCGUUGCAUCGGGUGUUCAUGAGUGCAUAAACAGAAACCACCCCUCGCCCCUGUGGGGUUCUUUUGGCACAGCAUCGAGACGGGGAUUUGCUGUUUGGGGUUGGGGGUCGGAGAAGUUUUGGGGCGUGCGAGUUGGAGUGCUCGUCAAACGAUCGAAACGUG